AUGAAGAGUCUCAGGCGGGCUCUAGCAGUCAGAUUGAGUCCAAGGACAACGGCGUCCGUGUCCGAGAAGAUCAAGAGAAUGCGGGACAAGCUCAAGAAGCUUGAGAAACAACAGAAGUCCAGGGGGAGUCCCAAGCAUCUCCCUGUCAAGAAGAAGGCUAAGGAGAAGCUUAAGAAAAAGAAGACCGAGGCUCCUUUACCCUCGCAAGAACAAAGUGAUCAAGGAGAAGAAAAGAAGAAGCAUAAAAAGGACAAAGGCAGGGCCAAGAAAGGUCAAGAUCAUGCAGACAGGCCUCAGACUGAUGAGACUGAAGGACCUGAGACGGGCUUUUUGAGUCAAGUCAAACCAACAGGCUCUGAUCCCUUACAGCUACCGGCGAUCAGGAAGACUCGCCUCGAGGUUGCUGCUGAAGAUGAAGCCGCAAGUAGCUCUAGUUUCGGCUGGGCUUUGUCAGAGGACGCAGACAGAAUUACCCCGAUUGCUGUCAAGUAUCUGUUGACAAUGAUGAUGCCACAGCUGGGGAAACAAAAUGAAUUUGCGCGCCCAGCGCGAGCUUCGGACCCUCAUGGUCGCCAUGGACCUUUGGGCAAAGAAAUCGCUCGCAAGGGCGGCGGAUAUCAUAGUGCAGCAGCAGCACAUAUCUUGGACGGCGAGAAGCUGACACCCGAUGAAGGCGUCACGGGGUGUUGCUCACACGUCACACGUCGUGGGGCUGAUUACAGAUCUCAUCCCUACGAGGGCCAUGUGGAAACACAGCGCUUUCGAUCGUAUCGGAGACUGCAGUGUGGCAACGUGCCUGUGUUGGCAGAUUUGGUGCUAAAAAGUUUGGAAGCCGACGUGAUUUGUUACAAUGCCGUCAUCAGCGCAUGUGAGGGAAGCGUGACAGCCUUGACUGCCACGGUGUUGCAAGGGGUAGUGCGCGCCAACUCUGUGGGGCCACCCGUUUCUCGACAGAAUGACGACCAUGGGGACCUUGCAACGCGAUGGGAAGAGGUGGUUCUCAGAGUGGAAGAGUUGGCGACGCGAAUGGGAUCUGUGCAAGUCUCUGUGAUCACUUACAACAAAGCAAUCAGUGCCUGGCAGAAGAAGCGACAUUGGCAACAAACCCUGAACGUCCUGUUCUCUGGCCUGAUGACUCAACUUCAGCGGCAUCCUUGGCUGCAGCCGGAUGUCAUCUCCUACAAUGCAGCCAUCAGCGGCUGCGAAAAGGCGUCUGACUGGCGAAGGGCCUUACGAUUCUUUCAGGAGGUGGUCGAUCUGUUGCAACCGACCGUGGUGACGUACAGUGCCAGUAUCAGUGCCUGCGAAAAGACUUCGCGAUGGCAGGAAGCAGCGGCACUUCUGGAGCUGGCGGAGUUGGCUUUAGAGGACGGCCCUGACGUCUAUACCUACAGUGCUUGCAUCAGCGCUUUUGAAAAAGCCGGCAGAUGGCAGGAAGCUCUGGGAAUUCUGGAAGAGAUGAAGCGACGUUCAGGGCUGCCCAACCUCGUCACAUUUAACGCCACGAUCAGCGCUUGUCAGAAAGGAGGUGAAUGGGAACAAGCUCUAUUUAUCCUGAAAGCCCUGCAGAGAGAGGGUUUAGUGCCUGAUCUCAUCACCUAUGGUUCCGCCAUCAGUGCCUGUGAAAGCUGCGGUCAAUGGGAGCUGGGAUGUUUUUUGAUGAUGCAGCUGGGGAAGCAGCGACUUCAAACGGACCUCAUUACCUACAACGCGUUGCUGAGCACCUUGGAAAAAGCCUCGCGCUGGGCGGAAGCUUUAGAUCUGCUGGGCGCUCGCGAGCUUCGCACGGAUGUGAUCUCCUAUAGCGCGGUCAUCAGCGCAUUGGAGAAAGGCCAGAAAUGGGAAGUGGCAUUGCAACUGCUCACACACGUUCGGGAUGUCUUUCGGAAUGUCGACGUGGUGAUUUACAAUGCCACAAUCAGUGCAUGUGAGAAAGCUACCGCCUGGGUUGCUGCUCUUAUUCUUCUGCAGGAGGUCGCGAUGGCUCGGCUGCAGCGUACCUUGAUCGGCUACACCGCGGCCAGCAGCGCCGUGGCCAAAGCCAUGCAGUGGCAACAGGCGUUGCAGCUGCUGGAUGACCAUGAGCGGGACGGCUUGGAACCAACAGUCAUCACGGUGGGCGGUGCCAUUUCAGCACUGGAGGAAGCGACACAGUGGCAACAAACUCUGAAGCUGCUGGCGCGGCUGCGGGCAUCCUUUGGAACCUGGAUAACUGAGCACUGA